CCCCCCAAAAACCAUUUAUACCUUUAUAUCUCUUUCUAAACUCCUGAAUCUAGCAGAAGCAAAAUUCAAAGCUUUUUCCCCUUUCCAAAAAACACAUACUAUUCACUAUUUGAUUGCAAUUUUGAUAUUAAAGUUUUGAUUUUUCUCUGGCUUUUGCCCUUGAAUUGAGGUUCUUGAUUAAUUUAGCAGAGGCAAAAUUCAUAAGCAAAGUUCAAAACCUCUUCCCCUUUUCAAAAAACACAUACUAUUCACUAUUUUCACUCUAAAUUGAGGUAAUCUUGCAAUAGAGUUUUGAUCUUUAUCUGGUUUUUGCACUUGUAUUGAGAUUCUUGAUUAAUUUAGCAGAAUCAAAAACCAUAAGCAAAGUUCAAAACCUUUUUUCCAUUUUCAAAUCAAUUCCUUUCUGCUUCCUCAAAAAACACAUAGUAUUCACUAGGUAAUCUUGAAAUAAAGUUUUGAUCUUUACCUGGUUUUUGCAAUUGUUUUAGUUUCUUGAUUUUAGCAGAGGCAAAAACCAUAAGCAAAGUUCAAAAAUUUUCCCCUUUUCAAAAAAACACAUUCACUAUUUUCACUCAAAUUUGAGGUAAUCUUGAAAUAAAGUUUUGAUCUUUAUCUGAUUUUUGCACUUGUACUGAUUAAGAAUUUAAGAUUAUACCAAAUGGUGUUUGAGAAAAAUAAUAAAGCAAGUUCAUCCUCUCAUGUUUUACAAAUCCCAAGAGAAGAUACACCCCUUUUAGCCAAGAAUCAACACCUUUCUUCACCAUCCAAAACUUUUGCUAAUGUAUUUAUAGCCAUAGUUGGAGCAGGAGUUCUUGGCCUUCCUUAUACUUUUAAAAGAACAGGAUGGAUAAUGGGUGCUAUUAUGCUAUUUUCAGUAGCCUUUUUAACUUACCAUUGUAUGAUGCUUCUUGUAUUUUCAAGAAGAAAAAUUGAAUCCCAUCUUAAAACUUCAGAAAUCUCAUCUUUUGGUGAUUUGGGAUUUGCUGUUUGUGGACCUGUUGGUAGGUUUGCUGUAGAUGCUAUGAUUGUGUUAUCACAAGCUGGUUUUUGUAUCAGUUACAUGAUUUUCAUAGCUAAUACUUUAGCAUACUGUUUUAAUUACUCCAAGUCAAAUCCAAGUCCUAAAAUCUUGGGGUUGCCACCUAAAACAGUGUAUAUUUGGAGCUGUUUUCCAUUUCAGUUGGGGUUGAAUUCAAUUCCUAGUCUUACCCUUUUAGCCCCUUUGAGUAUUUUUGCUGAUGUUGUUGAAUUAGGAGCUAUGGGUGUAGUUAUGGUUGAAGAUGUGAUGGUUUAUCUCAAAAGUAGUCAUGUUCUUGAAGCUUUUGGUGGGUUCAGUGUGUUUUUCUAUGGUCUUGGUGUAGCUGUUUAUGCAUUUGAAGGUGUUGGAAUGGUUUUGCCUUUAGAAGCUGAGAUGAAAGAUAAGGCAAAAUUUGGUAAAAUCUUGGGUUUGUCAAUGGCUUUAAUAUCUUUAAUGUAUGGUGCUUUUGGAGUAUUAGGCUAUUUUGCUUUUGGUGAAGAGACUAAGGAUAUAAUUACCACAAAUCUUGGACAAGGUUGGCUUAGCAGCUUAGUUCAAAUUGGUCUUUGCAUAAAUUUAUUCUUUACAUUUCCACUUAUGAUGAAUCCAGUAUAUGAAGUAAUGGAAAGGAGAUUUUGUGAAGGCAGGUAUUGUCUUUGGAUAAGAUGGAUUGUGGUUUUAGUAGUGACAUUUGUGGCAUUGUUGGUACCAAAUUUUGCUGAUUUCUUGUCACUUGUUGGGAGUAGUGUGUGCAUUAUUCUUGGCUUUGUAUUGCCUGCUUUGUUUCAUUUGAUUGUGUUCAAAGAUGAGUUAAGAUGGCAUGGGUUGGCUUGUGAUGGUGCAAUUAUUGUAAUGGCUGCAGUGUUUUCAGUGUAUGGAACUUUCUCUUCUAUGCUGGAGAUAUUGGGAGCCAAGGCUUAAAACUGGUUGUUUUUCUUUUUAUGUAAAAUCUUAUUAUGGUUGGGAUUGGAAUUUAAUUUACUUUAGAGGAGGGUGUUAAUAAUCAUUAAUGCCCUACCAAAAGAGUAAGUUGUCUUUUUUUUUUUCCCUUCCUACCACUUGUAAAUUUUGCUUCCAUCUAAAGCCAUUGAUAAUAGGCUUUGUGUAAUUAUGGAGGUUGAGUGAGAGCUAUGAUAAUGACCUAUUUAGUGUUCAUUGCAAUGGUCAUAGUUUGAUCAAAUGACCAUUUUGAUAAUAGGCCUGGGACUUGUCCUAUAUGUGUGCUUUUUCUUUUAUUAUAAUGAAAGUGUGGCUCUUGAAACAUUAGAAAGGAAGCUAUUUUAAAGA